UUGAGCCUCGUGCGUUGAAAGGACCCGACUUCGUACGGGCCAAACAGUUUUCGACUGAGACUCGUGACGAACGGACGCGCGGCCAAUGGCAAGCGGGCAGUGCGAUUCAAUUCGAUGCGAAUUCGACUCUAGCGGAGGCGGAAAUACGAAUGCCAACGAAUUGCCAAUGGCACAGCUGACAUGUGUGCGUGCCGCGAGCGAUGAUCGUCGAGUCGAGUGAAUGGAAUAUUCAGAAACGUAGAUCUCAAUCUUCGAGUGAAAUCGGAGCUAAGCUGUAAAUCAUAAAGUGCAAGCGAAAGUAUUGCAGUUCUGCAAAUGAAAUAAACACAUUCCCAAGCUCAAGGCAUGUGUGAACUACGAAAACUGAAAAUAAUGCCGCACAGUGCUCAAAACGUAAAUUAAGCCAGCCACCAGCGACAGUGGUGCAAAAACGAAUAGAAAAAAAAAAAACAUCUUUUACCAACAUUUGAAGUGGCGGACGAGGAGGCUACAACCACAACAUGACCCGCUUUCGCAUAAAAAACCUGAAAAUCCUCUCCUGCUGCCUCAGCCUGUGGGUGGUCCUCUUCGGUGGAGCCCUGCACCUGGCGCAGGGCAGCGAGUUCCCCGAGCGCGAGUGCUGCGACCUAACCACCACCUCCACGGUGGGCCCGCUGCCCAUGCCGCCCGCCGCGCUGCCCACCGACAAGUCGCUCUCCUCGGCCACAACGGCCUUGGAGACGGAUCUGGCCAUCGGACGAUCGGGUUCCACCAUUAAGGGCGUCGUAGCCAUUCUGAACUGUAUCCUAGCACGUCAGCUAUGCUUCGAGGAUCCCUCAUGUUCGGCCAUUUUGGAAAUAAUACCGCGCGUCUGCGGACCCAUUCCAGUGUCCUGCAGCACGGUGACGGUGACCAAGUGUCAGGCUGCCCUGCGCACUCUGCAGGCCUUCCAGUUCUUCCGGCCCACCUGCCUGUGCAAGGAGCCCGGAAUGGAUCCGGACUGCAAUCACUUUCGGGACUUUCUCUUCGAUCAUCCAUGUGGAUUUGUGCUGAAGAAAGCCGAAAAGGAUCCGUACCCGAUUGAUGCCCUACCAACUUGCAACCAUGCACUUUCCGUCUGCCAACAGGAACGCAAAUGUCUAAAGCUCUUCGAGGACUUCAAAACGCAUUGCAAAGUGCGCGACAACAAAUGCAAAAUGGAAAACAGGGACGCCUGCCACGACUCCUGGACCAACCUGCGGCUGUCGCCCAUGUUCGGAUGCAUCUGCCCGAAUAACCAUAUGAAAAAGCGCUGUGAUCGUAUCUUUAAUAUUGUUAAUCACAAUCCGUGCGUGGAUAGACUAAUAUUUUUCCCCAACGGUCUGCCGAAAUUGAAGCAGCCGAGACCGAAAGCAAAACCGCGGCCAAAACCCAAAGCGAAAUCCAAACCCAAGCCGAGGCAGAGGCACCAUGGCAUGAAUGGCACGGAGCUCAUGACCAACAAUAUCGAGUACCACGACGAGCCCAGCGGAUUGAGCGAUCCGGAGGACGAGGCCAAUGAGACCGAGGACGAGGAUCCCGGCGGACAUGGGGAUGAGAACGAGGACGAGGAGGACGACGACUAUGACGACCGCAUACGAGCCGAGAUUUAUUCGAAUUACCCGCACUACCUGCAUCCGCCGUCGUGGGGCAUCAACAAUCCUCUGGUCCUGGCCUCGCACAGUCCGCACACUCUGGACGACGACGACGACGUGGUGGUGGAGGUGGUGCCCAACAAGAAGCCGCCGCCAGUCACGGUACACCACCACAAUGACGAGCUGGACCACGACGUGGUGGUGGUGGUGGAUGCCGGGCCGCACUCCCACUCGCACCCACACUCGCACACCUUCUACAGCCACGGCGAUCAGAGCUCGACGACGGGAUCUGGACUUUCGGGUCCCGCACCCACGAUUCCCAGCCCACCUAACACUGGCACCAAAAUGCACAAAACAGCACCACUCGGCGAUUUAGUUGCCGGCAGCGAUAUAACCCACCGCACCUACACAGGACCCUCCAUGGACGAACGAGUAAGAAUAUUGGGCAUGGACGAGAAACUGCAUCAGAGAAUCUUCAAUGAUAAUCUGGCCCUAAUUGAUACGCCACUUAUUGCCAUGGGUUCCGGCUCCGGUUCCGGCACGGUCACCACUUCCGUUUCCGGUUACGGUCUGGGCAUGGGCAUGGGUCUAUCCGGCAGCUUUAACUAUCUGGGCUCGAUGCACGGCGUGCCCAGCUAUCCGUUCAAUAUAAGCGGCUUCCAUCAGCGGCACAUGGCAGCGGCGGCUGCCGAUAAUGAACCAUUCGAUAUCAUUGAUACGGGCUUGGGCUACGGCGGAAACGGAAAUGCCGGUGUUUACUACCAAAGUGGUCAGGAUGUCGAAGUUGACCUCUCAACGGAAAUAAUCAAGCAACACUUUCAGAGUACCUGUCACACGGCAUUAGACACCUGCCGGGAAGAUCCGUCCUGCUCAUCGUCGUUGCAGCCAAUGCUGACGCACUGUGAGCUGCACCGUUGCAAUCGCAACGCGUGCAUGUCCUCGCUGCAGGCCUUCUACAAGGGCCCCCACGAGGACCUCAAUCUGGACAUCGCCUUUUGUCUAUGCAAAAAAACAAGCAGCAGCCAGCAGAACGGCAAUGGCAAUCGGCACGACAUGUGCAUGAUUGCACAGGAAAAACUGCAUCCAGUGUGCGCGCAGCGACCGCCCGAUAACAGUAAUCCGGCCAGCUCCAAUGGCAUUUACUACCAUCCACCGCCCGCCUGUCACGUGGUCGCCGACAGCUGCAAGGAGGACCGCGAGUGCAGAUUAAAGUUGGAGUAUUAUGAGCAGGCCUGUGCGGUGGAUAGCGUGACCAAAAAAUGCGCCGGCAGACCAAGUGGAUGUCGAACAGCCAUGAUUGGCAUUCUGGGUACCAUGUUGAGGACGACCUGUGCCUGCCAAGGAACGGAUCCCCAGCACCUGUACCAGUGCGUUGGAUGGCGGCGUCUGUUGUGGAUGAACCCAUGUGUGGUUGAGGCUCAAAAGGACUUCCAUAUGAAGCGAUUGGCUGAGCUCGGUUUCCUUACCACCACAACAACAACGACCACCACGACGACGACAACAACGACGACGACGACCACGCGAGCACCACCACCCCCACCUCCACCCACCACGACAACAACUACGACGACCAGCAUGCAGCCGCGGCAAACGCCAAGGAAGCCUGCGACGCACAUCUUCAAGGACGUAAUAACGGCAAAAGAGAAAUCAGAGCCAACAUCGGUGGAACACAAUUAUCUCGAUCCGCCCGAUUCGAUACCGCUGCCCAGCGUGAAUGUCGAGAGCGGCGGAAAUGGCGGAAAUGACGAUUAUCACAACGGCAACGGCAAUGGACACGGAAAUGGAAAUGGCAAUGGUAACGGGAGACGUAAAAAUGGCGGAAAGGGACGCGGCGGCAGUGUAGAUUUCGAUGAUCCAGUAAUUUUCGUCGACCCAAGGGAAACAACAGAAUUUGUGGGCAUCAGCAUCACAGAGCCGGUAACCACAAGCACCACAACAAUGGCCACCACGACAACAACACAGCCGCCAAGAAACUGCGUUGUCCAGCGACCACGUCAGUCGGAUCAACUUAUUCGGGAAGGCAGCAGCAAGCGAAUCUACUCCUUGGACGACGUCGAGUGCAGUGAGCUGUGCAGCUGCGGCGAGUCGCUCAUCCUCACCUGCCACGCCCUCUGCGUGCCAUUCGCCCCGUGCCGCACCGCCCUCGCCUUCUACAGCCACGCCUCCCCCGCCUACCAGGCGUUCCGCGGACGCUGUUUGUGCUACUCGGGCCGCUUCAUCUGCAUGAAGCCGCCGCUCGGGGAGUACAUUCUGCCAGGUGGGAUAUUCCUGCUGCUCGGAUACAGUGCCGCGGAUGAGGCGCUGCUGAGGCCCCACACCAACCUGGGGGUGCAGGAUGCCGUGCGGGCCCUGCAGCAGUACAUAACCACAUACAUCGAUAAUCAGACGCAGUGCACCCUCACGCUGUUCAAUAUGACCGAGGAGAACAUCAUCAUUGCUGCGCGGCUGCCGCACGACGGCAAACUGAAGGAUAUUGAGCUGCUGCGUAAGGAGAAGGACGAGUGCACCGCGAUACUGAAGACCAUCAGUCAUCAAAUCAAUAGCGAGCACAGCGAGCUUCAAUCCCACCGACUGCUGAGCAUUUUCAAAAUGUCCGAAGUCGAGGUCGUUUGGCCCGAGAGCACAAGUGCGGCGGCCAGAAGUGGACAUGGUCCUGGCCAGUUUGCCGGAUGCCACCGGCUGCUCUACGCGGCCAUGCUCGCGCUGGCGUAUCUCUCCAGCUGGACAACGCUGCGUAUGAGCGAUGUGGCGACAUGACAGCCGCAUAGUUGAAGGAUUAGAGCCAGGACAAUUGCAUAACUGUACGUAGUAGAUAUUUGUAGGGUGGGAUAAACAGUGGGAAAUGCGACAGGCAAAAUGCGAUACAUGAAACGAUAGCGAUUACCACAAACUAUAAAGAUAUGGUGCAUACUCUUAGGCGCCGCACAUGGCAUAGCGUAUUCAUAAUGUGUUGUAUACAUCUAGUGGCUAGUUAUGUGUUUAGCUGCGAUUUUCGUGAAGCUUUGUUGUUGAUCUUUAAGGAUGUUGCUGUCUCUUUUGAUACGUACAUACAUAUGUGAAGCAUUACGGGAUAUACACACAUAGAAAGAAAACUCGUAGGACAUACGCCUAGAACUCAUCUAGAUUAAUCUAUAAUUUAAUGUGAAAGGAAACUGCUGUCUACAUAAUAAUAUUGUUAGCCGAUAACAGAGGCACACUCGAUAGUUGGAUUUGAUGUGGCGUGUACAUAGAAGGCAUAUGCAUUAAGUACUAUCCGUAGCUAGAAUUUUAUACGGUAAACAAUAACAAAGAACUCCUGUCCGUCUGUCCAUACGUCAUUAUCGCACCCAAACACACACCUUGCAUCGCUCUUUGAGCUCUAUAAAGUUCUUAGCCGCCUCAAUUAAAAAGAAUUAUUAACCGCCUUAACUGUGCUUACUUUGUUAACGGAUGUGAGUGCCUCCUCUGGAUAUGCCAGUUCUCUUUUGAUUUUUAAUUACAAUUUAAUGUGGCAUGGCAUCCGCCUUUACGCUUUUCCAUCUGCCUUCUGCCGGGCAGACAAAUAAUAGCCAGGCGUGCGAAUGAACUCAUUUAACGCAUUCACAUUCGCAUUCGCGGCUGAGCGUGCAAAACGUUAUUGUUAAUUUAUUUCAUAGUUUUCUGUUUCGUUUGGAGGUGCGAAAACAAUUACGGUUUCAUUAUCAAUUAUGCGUUAUGCAUUUCGAUUGUUGCCACAAUUUCACCGGGGCGGCUUUCACCGCGACCUCGCCUCGUUUCAACCGGUUUCAUUGCUUACCCCGGAAUCCAGAAUCCUAAAUCCUGAUUACCGUUUAAGUUCGCUGUACAUACUCUUACCGCUUUGAACUCAAUUUACGUAAUUAAAUACUAACAGUACAUAUCAAUAUGAACACCUAAACGAGUUUUACACGGAAGCGAAAUUCUUACAAUGUCCCUCGAUUGCUCGAAUCUUUUGUACAUAGUUCUUUAUACCACUAUACUAUGCAUAAUAUUUACAACGAUAUACAAGAAACAAAAACACUUGGCUAAACCAAACCCUAUGAAAUAUAAUAUAAAUACUUGAUUCGCGUUAAAACAGCAAAGAUGAAUUGUAAGGCAAUUGUAUUGCCUUAAAUAAUGUAUGCAAGAGCCAGGAAAUAGCAAUUGUAAAUAGGAAUAUUAUGAACACCUGAGUGAAUGGAAUAUCUUUGAAUAACAGUCGAGUGUUUGACUUAAAGACUCACGCUACUCACGCACUACUCACUUUAAGUCUAAGCUUGACCAUUUGAAGGAAAACUUGUAGCGGUGUGAAAUGUGCGCAUAUUGAAAAUGGUCACAAUCAUGAAAAAAUGUCUUCCUUAAUGCAUAUACUCGGCGAUAUGUAUUAUGUUUAUACACAUUAAUAUAUAUAUAUACACAUUCUAACGAAUACCUAUACGAUAUCUGGCAAACCCCUAGCCUGCGCUUCAGUUAGACGAAAGAUAAUGUAAUAUAGACACCAAGGGCUAAACCGUAUCACUAUCGAUUAUCCUUGCAAUUAUAACACUGUUAACACAAAUUAAAUCUAACCGCAACAUAUCUAAGUCAAAUAUACCCCUAAUUAAAUAAAUAAAUAUAUAUAUACAUAUAAAUAAUUAUACAUAUGCGUACAGUUAUAAACGUUAGAGAACAUUGAAAACUACUUUAAUAGUCUUUAGAUAAAGCAUCGCUUUAACCUAAAAGUAUAUAGGCAGCAUCAGCAGAAAAGUGUAAAGUUUAUUGGAAACCUGCUUCUAGCUAAAUAUUAGACGAAUUUAAGGCUAUCCAAACCAAACACUAACUUAUCGGAGCAGCUCGUAGGUCUCUAGGAAUAGGGAAAAUUAGUAGAAUUGUUGGGGCAUUGGAUUUCAGUUCAUUUGCUAUCCUAUCCGUAUCGUUUGAUGGCCCACGAAUGCAGCAACUAAGUCGUUAUAGUUUCGGAUCAUAUCGCUGGCAGGUCGACAGUAUUGUUUCAUCUCAUCUCCUCACUUUUUGGGGUGCGGACAAAGCGUAGCUACAAUGUAAAGUACCGUUAAAGUAAACUGAUAAAUGAAAAGUGAAAAAAUGGAAAAAUGAAAAAACGAAAACCGAAACAUAAACAAUGAUGAAAAUUACAAAAUAGUCGCAUUAAUGUAAAAAGCAAGGAAAAUGCUGAGGGAAAACUAGCACUCAAAUAGCAAUCUGUAGCAUGGGUACGUGAAUUUGAAUGGCAUCGUAAUGAAACGCAAAGCAGAGCGAAUACUUUGAAAUUAUGCAUGAGGAAAAAGAGAGCCAUACUUCAAGUUUAAAGCUGCAAGUUGAAACCUACAAA